AUGGAUGUGUUUAUAAAUUUCCAGGGGCCUAAAAAUGAAGUGGAGGAGAAACUGUUACUGGCCUGCUCGACCAGUGAUAUUCCCGCCAUUGCCAAAAUGCUGGCGAAAAAGGAGGAAAUUAACUUCGAUUGUGUGGAUUUGCUGGGUAGAACUCCACUACAGCUGGCCGUGGAAAAUGAGGAUAUAGAGGCGACAAAGUUGCUGUUACCUUACUGUGAGAAAAGAAACAUCGAGGACUGCCUUUUGUUCGCUAUCAGUCUCUCCAGUGAGAAUCUCGCUAUGGCCAUGUUAAAACAUCCCAGAUAUAUCGACAUUGACGCUCAAAAUCGCAAACUCGCGGACAGCUCUUCUUUCGAUGUUUUGCCCAGCAACUCAAAGUUUCCCACCAACACCACACCGCUCGUGCUGGCGGCCGAACAAAAUUUGUAUGAGGUGGUGCGCCACCUGUUGGUGGAAGGGCACACUAUUUGUAAACCUCAUCCGUUGUCUUGCCCAUGCGUGACAUGCGCAAAGAAGAGCAAAGCUGACUACUUCCGGUUCGCUCACGAACGUUUGAACGCUUACAGAGGUUUGGCGAGUGAGUGUUAUUUGAGUCUCUCAAGUGACGACCCAAUUCUGGACGCUUUCAUGCUGAGGAAAACGUUCCUUAAGUUAGCAGAAACAGAGGAACAUUUUAAAAGCGAGUACUGUGAUCUGGCGAAGGCUCUGAGUGUGUUCAGCGUCAAACUCCUGAACAAAGUGAUCGGUGACAAUGAACUGGACACCAUCUUGGACAAAGUCGGCUCCAAAGACCAGGACAAAUACGCUCCACUAGGGAGAGUGAAACUGGCGGUGAAACUACAGGAGAAAAGGUUCGUUGCCCAUCCUAGCUGUCAGAUGAGACUGAAGAAACUCUGGUAUGAAGACUUUCCCAUCCUGGGCCGGGGGCCCUUUCUCAAGCGGGCUGCCAUCGUGAUCUUGUUUGUCCUCUGCUACCCAUUCUUAGCCGCCGCUUACAUCUGUGCACCAAAGUUUAAGCACAUCAAAUUCAUGAGAUCCCCGUGCGCCAAGUUCAUCGCGCAUGUGUACUUCUACCUGAUGUUACUGGGACAGCUCCUAUGGACGACCAUCGUGGCUUUGCCUUACCGGUCAGAAAAUAAUGCCAGCUGGGACAUGAACGUAACACAGUCUUACUUCCGGACGAACGCAAAUGGUUCUUACCUUCUUCGCAGCGGCCAAGCUACCACUGUCCACUAUCUGAUAUUCGUCUGGGUGCUAGGUCUGCUGUGGCAAGAAGUGAAAGAGCUAUACCGAGACGGCUGGAGAGAGCAUUUCUCCGCAAUACUCAACUGGGUGGACGCCAUCAUGCUUACAACAUAUCUUGUGUCUUUUGGUUUCCGUUUUUAUGCAGUCAGCAUGGUGCAGAUUUCCACGGAAUAUUUCCGGGAGUACCAGCACAGUGAUGUAUACAACAUGACAUUAACGCCUAUAGAACUACUGGAUUUGGGAGACUCGAUGGCGGAGUAUUAUUACAAAUGGCUCAAUCCAGAUAGGUAUUAUUGGUCAAAUUACGACCCUGUGAUCUGUGCCGAGGGCCUGUUUGCCAUUGCCAAUGUUCUUGACUUCACCAGGUUCGCUUCCUUACUACCGGCCUUUGAGGCUCUAGGAACGUUGCAGAUAUCGUUCGGUUAUAUGAUGAAGGACAUCCUUCGCUUCAUGGGCCUGUUUGGCCUCGUCCUCGUUGCCUUUAUGGUGGGCCUGGCUAACCUUUACUGGUUCUAUGGAAUCGCCAGCCGUCAAUCUGUGGAACUCUCUGCUCACGACGCGUCUACUGCAGAAGCCUACUUCGGAAACAUCGGCUCAACCUUCAAUUACUGCUUUUGGUCCUUAUUUGGGAUGGGGGAGAGUGACGCUCCGGAUCUGACGUCAUACAGGGAAAUUCCCUUCACGGAAACCAUCGGCUACAUCCUGUAUGGCGUGUUCAUGGUGUGCUGUGUCAUCGUUCUCCUGAAUCUGCUGAUUGCCAUGAUGAGUCUCUCGUUUAGUCAGAUACAGGACGACGCAGAUGUUGAAUGGAAGUUCUCGCGCACACAGCUAUUCUUCGACUACAUGUUUCCCGGGGCAACACUUCCAGUUCCGCUUAACCUCAUACCGACUCCCAAAACCGUGUUUUAUGCUUUCAAAUUUAUAUGUGGCUGCUGCAAACGAAAGAAAAACAAAACACAGGAUCUCGAUAAAGACGAGAUAGAAACAUCUUCAGACGGAAGUACUGAGGCCACAGGAGUGAGUCCUCAAAACGGAACGCUGGUAGCUGUAAACGGAACCAAUCAAAAAUUUGAGAUUAAAACUCAGACAAAGUAUAAGAUCGUAAUAUCCCGUAUUGUAAGACGGUUCAUCAACGAUGCGAGCACGAGUAAAGACGACAAUAAUGAAGAUGAUAAUUUAAAGCAUGACUUGUUAAGGAUCCGUCGUGAGUUGACAAAUGCACUGGAGAUGAGAGCCAGAGAAAUAGAGCAAUGUCGAAAAGAUAUAGCGGCCACAAAAAACACAUUCGUGGCAGACCUUAGCGCCUGCAGAACGGCCAUCAGCAGGGUGGAAGCGUCCAUAACCAACAUCGCUGUUAUGCUGUCAAAACAGGCUGAAGAAAAAGAAGUUCCUCGACAGAUUGAUAGGCGGGGCUCCAUCCCCGCUGCCAUGACGACUCAGGUGACGUCACCUUUAGCGUCAGCGCAGGUGGACGCGCGCCAGGCUUUAGAAGCGCGUGUGGGAACGCCGGCUCCCGUGUUGGCGGCGCAGACGAACAGCUCGUCCACCAAACUGGGCGCCAUCGUCCCUGCGGUGGUGAACAAUCCAGCCAAAUACUCACCACCUUAA